GAACGUGGCAAAAAGGGCCUGGGCGAGGGCAAACGCCAAAUCCGAAGAGAAUGCAGCAACGAAGGCUGGGGCGAGAGCAAACCUCAUAGCGAAAGGGAACGCAGAAAGGCAGGCCUGGGCGAGGGCAAACGCCAAAUCCAAAGAGAACGUGGCAAGGAAGGCCUGGGCGAGGGCAAACGCCAAAUCUUAAAGGAACACAGCAAGGAUGGCCUGAGCGAGGGCAAACGCCAAAUCCGAAGAAAAGGUGGCAAGGAAGGCCUGGGCGAGGGCAACCGCCUCAGCAAAAGGGAACGCAGCAAGGAAGGCCUGAGCGAGGGCAAACACGAAAUCCAAAGAGAACGUGGCAAGGAAGGCCUGGGCGAGGGCAAACGCCUCAGUGAAAGGGAACGCGGCAAAGAAGGCCCAGGCGAGAUCAACUACCGAGCUGAACAUGGCAAAGAUGGCUCUGCAGAGAGCAAGCAGCAAGGAGACAAUUAG